UGAAAAUUAUGUUUGCAGGGAAAAUUGUUGUAGACAAGCUAGUUGAAGAUUAGAGAGCCCACCUGUAAAAUUAUCUUCAAAGAAUUACUUAAUUGAUGUAGUUGCGCUAUGUUGAAACAGAGUGCUCCUAAUUUUGUUUUUCAAAAUCCCGUUGGCUUUUAUGUUUUUCUUUAAAUUUCAUGAUAAUAGAGGUGGACUCUCUUUACAACGAAAUUCAAGAGACCAGAAGAAAAAAAAUAGUUCUAGAGAGAAUUUUGUUGCAGAGAACCAUGUUAAAAUGGAGAGAGAAUUUUAUGGGACCAUAUAAAAAAUUAUUUUCACAGUGAAAAUUGUUGUAGAAAAGAAAGUUGAAGACAAGAGAGUCCACUUGAAAAAUUAUCUUCAAAGAAGUACUUUAUAUUAAUGUAAUUGCGCUUUGCUGAAAAGGAGUGCUCCUAAUUUUAUUUAUUUAUUUUUUUCAAAAUCCCGUUGGCUUUAUGUUUUUCUUCACUGUGAUUCAUUAUAAUACUGGUGGACUCUAUACAGUCCAUAAUUUAAUCCAGGUGUUUUAAUUACAAGAUUAUUGCAGAUGAGAGAGUUCACCUGUGUAAUUAUCUUCAAAGAAGUACUGUAUUGAUGCAGUUACGCUUUACUGUUGAAAUGAAGUGCGCCUAAUUUUUCGAAAUCCCAAAGUUGUGAUUUUUGAGACUGCAAUUUUUCAGAAACAAUGGAAUUACUUUUUACGAUACUUGUACUGUAUUGGUUAUCACUUUUGGAACUGACCUGCAAUUUGUUCCCCUCUAGUUUCAAAAUUCACACCAGUAAAAUUGCUCAAAUUUGUUAAUUAAAUUUUAGGGUACAGUAAUUCGAAACUUUUUCGCUCAUCAAGUGAAAUUUCAAGACAUCCCUACUUUAAUCCGAAAUUGUCGAGAUUACAAAUUUACCGUUUGAAUAUUGUAAAAUGCGAGGCAAUAAUGUUGCCAGAAAUAUAAAAAAAAAUUUCAAAACAUUUUGUCAUAUGUACGUCGUGGAAACUUUAAAUACGUCCAUUUGGAUUCUUGACUUCGCUGUUAUUUUUAUUCAUCAUUCUUUCGAUUUAUGUGUAUUUAAAGAGUCAUGGUUUUCUAUAAUAUUUCCGGAAAAUGGGAUUCCGAUAAAAGGUGGGGAUAUAAAAUAAAGGAAUUUCUACUGAUUCAUUUUUUUCAGGAUUAACCUUCUUAAGCGUUGCAAAAAAGCUUUGUACAAAUACACAUUUUGCGUGAAGGAAAAUCAUGAGGAAUCUUUCGAACCUCGUCCGCCUUUUGGCGAUUUUCGUCUGCCUGGUGUGCUAUAAAAUCGGAACAAGCGGAGCAACGGAAGCGGAAGUUUUGACACCCAUCACAUCCGGAAUUCUCACUCGUCGGUAUCCGAGAUUCCUCGAAGUCACUGGACCAGAGCCGGAACCCAAGUAUUUCAAAGUUGUCAGAACAUUGGCAUUCCCUCAGGAUCCCUUUUUUCCUCGUCUCGUGCCAACUGUGUUUGAAACUCGAGUGCCAAUAGUUCGACCUGUUGUCGAAUUGCCGCAACCUGCUGCGUCGGAAGUGAAUUUGAGAUUCGCGCCUGGACCCGCUGUUCCUCUUCCGUACCGAUUUUCAAGAUCGUGAAAUCAGUUACAAGUUUUCUAUACUGUACUAAAUUGAUUGCCGUUGUAACGAAAGUUCCCCUGGAAAGCCAUCUGCUGCCAAGAAAUGUGUCGAGUCGAGAUGAACAAUGAGUACAAUUCUUAGGUGGGCAUAAUGUUUUUCUGUGUAUGCAUUUACUAUUUUUUUUUCUGAAAAUCGAGCGUCAAUGACAAAUUGUCAUUAUUCAGGCUGCUGAUUCAAGACUUCCAUGAAGCAGUAUAUUGUGAAAUGUAUUGUUCCAUAACGAAAUUUGAAAAACUUCGAGGAAUGACGGCAAGAUGUUUUUAUCCUCGCUCACAUUUUUAAAAAGCAAAUUUGUACUCGGUUGAUACCGGCAAGGAUAGUUUGAGCUCGAGUUCUGGCUGAUUUUAAUUUUUUUACACCUUCAGCGGAAGUUCAUUCAUUGGAAUAUGGUUGUUCUUCGCCAAAAAAAUAUUGAAUUCCUCGAUUAUUAGAAUAAGCUUCUGCGAAACUCGUCACAAUUAUAAUGGCUGGAUGGAUAUGUGUUUCAGGUCACGCGAAUAAAAUCUUUAUCUAUAUUCUGUUUCGAGGCAAUGGCAUUGUAUUUCUAUAUGAUCUCUAUUCAAUUAUAACCGUCCGAGGAUAUCACAGACAUUUUCUGUAACUAUGCUGGUAUACAGUAAUUAACGACAGCAUUGGUUUUAGAUGAAUGAGCCGAGUCAUUUCCCCCGAUGAUUAUUUUCUAUCGAGGGAUGGAUAUACGUGGAU